CACAAUCUAUGAAUACCAAUCCGCAUUGCUGGCUAAAAAACAUCUGCACAGGGAUGUAGUGGAGUCCUCAUUCCAAUGCAUCAAUUCAAUGUAAACCCAAUAGACUGUGUGCUGGGUAAUACAGUAGUGUAGGGUUCGGGAGACAAGAGGAAGUGAGUGUCAUUGAUAUUGUGUCAUUGUUAAGUGACAGUCACUGAUACUUACAAUGGCAGCGGUGCCAGCUAUUAAGGGCCAACAUGGGGGACCAGGACAGGGACCGGAGGGUGGGAUGGAGCAGGAACACCCACGGCAUCCUCGCCCUGCUACAAGGACUGGGGUUAUUGCUGUACUAUUGGGGCCGCCUGGGGCUGGUAAAGGUGUACAGGGUCCUAUGAUUGCAGAGAAGUACUGCGUGUGUCACUUAGCAACUGGCGACAUGUUGCGAGCCGUCAUAGCAUCGGGAUCGGACCUUGGCAAAGAGGUCAAGUCUGUGAUUGACAGUGGGGCAUUGGUCAGCGAUGACUUAGUGGUCAAGAUGAUUGACAGUAAGCUGGACACAGCCGAAUGCUCUAAUGGUUUCUUAUUGGAUGGCUUCCCAAGGACAGUGGUUCAAGCUGAAAUGCUGGAUAAUCUUCUAGAUUCCAGGAAGACUCAGCUCGACUCGGUAGUGGAGUUCGGCAUCGAUGACUCGCUGCUCAUCAAGCGAAUCUGUGGUCGAUUGAUUCAUCGAGCUAGUGGACGAAGUUAUCAUGAAGAGUUCAGUCCACCCAAAGUGCCUAUGACUGAUGAUAUUACCGGUGAGCCAUUAAUGAAGCGUUCAGAUGACAACGAGUCCACGUUGGUAGCUCGUCUAGCGACGUACCACAAGCAGACGGCUCCAUUGACUGACUACUACAGGAAGAAGGGAAUCCUGGAGACGAUCGACGCUUCCAAAGCACCCAACACCGUCUUUACAACCAUCCAGGCGAUAUUCACUAAAGCAACUUCCAAAGACAAAGUAAUGUUCUUAUAACUCAAAGUAUACCUACAGAAUAUUUUCUAUAGUCAUGCAGGACCGAUUUCAUAGAGCUGCUUAAGCACACACAAGUAACUAAGCGCAAUUACAUUUUGCUUACCAGAAUAAGGUUACCAGCCAAAUUACCAUGUC